AUGACGUAUGUCCAAGGUUCCGACGGGCGCAAGCUUAAGGGCCGAGCAUUGCUAGACACGUGUGCCACGGCUAAUUUUAUUACCGAAACUUUCGUCAAACGUUUAGGCGUACCGAUAAUUAAACAUUCGGCCACAAUCGGUGCGAUUGACAAUGCCAGCACCGUGUCGAGAGGCAUAGCACAAAUUAUCAUCCAUUCGAUAUACGAUGAAUACAGUAAAUCGUUGACCUGCUUAAUAGUACCUACGAUUGCGGAUUUGAUACCCGCCGAAACGUUUUCGCGCGACUCAUUUAGAAUUCCGCAAAAUAUCAGGCUAGCCGAUCCAGAGUUUCACAUUCCACGAGGAAUUGAUUUGUUAGUCGGAUCCGGAACAACGCUAUCGUUAUUUUCCGUCGGACAAAUUAAUUUAUCAAACAAACAUCACGAUCUAUAUCUACAAAAGACGCGACUCGGUUGGAUAGUCACUGGAAGUCCGUCCGCGCUGAACUCUUCGAAAUCCCCGACAUGUCACUUAACGAGCUUAGAACGGCAAUUAACCAAAUUUUGGGAAAUCGAGGAGAUAACGACGGACAAACCGAUGUCGGAAGAAGACGCGCGAUGCGAAGCGCAUUUUUCAGAGACUGUAUCUCGCGAUAACAACGGGCGUUACGUGGUACGAUUGCCAUUUCGCAAGGAUAACGUGCGUCUGGGCGAUUCACGGGCCCUUGCUCUUAAACGAUUGUUAUCCCUAGAACGAAGAUUCAAUAUAAAUGAAUCAUUUAAAACCGGAUAUGUUAGGGCGAUCGAGGAAUAUAUGGCGCUAGGAUACAUAUCUCGAGUAGAAAAUCCCGGCAGCGACGGCUAUUACAUGCCUCACCACGCAGUGGUAAAGGAAACCAGUACUACCACUAAAAUUAGAAUCGUGUUCGACGCAUCCGCAAAAAUUAGCGAAGGAAUAUCAUUGAAUUCCUUGCUAAUAACAGGGCCCACUAUUCAAGACAAGCUGUUCAUGCAUUUGAUUCGUUUCCGUACUUAUAAUUACGUUCUUACAGCCGACAUUGAAAAAAUGUAUUGUCAGGUGCAAUUACACGAAAACGACCGAUGCUAUCAGAGAAUACUAUGGCGCGUAAACAAAGAGAUCGAGACCUUUCAAUUUAAUACUCUUGCUUUCGGUGUCGCCUCAUCCCCCUUCUUAGCAAUACGCGCGAUUCACCAAUUAGCAGAUGACGAACAUCAUAUCUAUCCUCGAGCUGCGGCAAUUCUCAAGCGGCAUUUAUACGUAGACGAUCUGUUGACAGGCGCGGACACUAUCGAACAAGCGCGAAUGAUUAAAGAUGAAGUGAUCGCGCUAUUGAACCGCGGCGGAUUCGUCAUAAGACAGUUCGUCUAA